ACGGCUCUGCACAUGAGAAUAACGACGAUUUCACCUUUUAUCGCAAGUUUUCUCUCUCUCUCUCUCUCUCUCUCUCUCUCUGGUCCAGCUGACGAGACAAACACAAAGGAACAGCAAAAAUAUGUACUCUGGAGAAUACUAAAUUGGAACACGCCCACAAGAUUCCUUCCAAAACGGUUCCCCGAUCGAUUAUGUUUUCUCGUAACAGGCGUUCGGGAUCGGUCGUGUUCUGUCGGCGGAGAAUUUGAGAAAAAGAUGAAGGCAAUGGAGACGGUACAGGAUCUGAUCGAAGAAUUCAAGCUUCGGACCGUUUAUUGGGCACUAUGCGUCUUCGCCGUGUGUUACUUCUUAACACAUACGAGUAAAUCAAUGUGGAUGAAUAUUCCUAUAUCAAUACUAUUUGUUUCUGUAUUGCGGAUUCUUUUUAACGAGGUGGAGUUCCAUUGGAAAGUGCGAAAAAUUCGUCAGCAAACAUACUUAUCAAUCUUAGAGAAGAAGCAGCUCUCGGUGAAUGAUUCUCGGCUUUCAACGUUGCCGCCCCCACCAAAAUGGAAGAAAAAAAUUGACUCCCCUGUUGUAGAGGCUUCAAUGGAGGAGUUUGUCAACAAACUCUUGCAAGAUUUUGUUACAGAUUUAUGGUAUUCAGAUAUUACACCAGAUAAGGAGGCCCCUGAACUCAUGCGUGGGAUAAUCAUGGAUGUUCUUGCUGAAAUAUCAGGAAGGGUCAAAGAGACAAACUUAGUUGACUUGUUGACAAGGGAUGUAGUUGACUUGGUAGGGGAUCACCUAGAUCUUUUUAGAAGAAACCAAGCUGCUAUAGGGGUGGAGGUCAUGGGAACACUGUCAUCAGAAGAAAGGGAUGAACGCUUGAAACACCAUCUUACGGUUUCCAAGGAGCUUCACCCUGCAUUAAUAUCUCCAGAGUGUGAGUACAAGGUUCUUCAGCGUAUUGUAGGUGGGUUGUUAGCUGUAGUGCUAAGACCUAGAGAAGCUCAAUGUCCACUGGUGCGAUGCAUUGCCCGAGAGCUCGUAACUUGCGUGGUGAUGCAACCUAUAAUGAAUUUUGCAAGCCCAAUGUACAUUAAUGAAUUGAUCGAGUAUAUUUUCCUUGCUAUUAAGGAUGAUGGGAGUAACGCGGCAGGUGAUGACCAGCCACCUAAUGCGGGGGAUCAUAACAGUGAUCAUUCUGUUGCUGCAGAGAUCGUACCAAAUGAAUUUUCUUCGAGGAGAAAUGCAUCUUCCUACUAUCAAGGGACCAAUCUGGCGAUGCCAGGAGCUGGCAAUCUGAAAGGGAUUUCCCUGGAUGCUUCGGAAAAUUUGGAUUCUAAUAUACAUGGUGAGGAAACCAUGCAACCACGGCCCACUGAUUGGGCGCGAGUAAUAGAGGCAGCUACCCAGAGAAGAACAGAGGUUCUAAUGCCUGAAAAUCUCGAAAAUAUGUGGGCCAGGGGUAGAAAUUAUAGAAAGAAAGUUCAGAAGAGUGCAGGAGGGAUUCAGGCUCCUGUUUCAAAGGGUUCAGGACUAAAUAAUGCGAAACGUACAAAAAGUUCGGGUAACGAGAUUUCAAAUCACAGGCUUGAAGUUUCUCCUGCAACAGAAGAUAAAGCUCUGGUGAAGUUACCACCAAGAUCAAGUACAGAGACUCGACUAACUGAAGGUAACAACAAUCUGAUGCAUAUAUCUCAUGGACUGAGCAAGCAUCAUUCUGUUGGCGGAGCAUCUCUUGUUGAUGGAUUGGAGGGUACUGCUUCUAAUAUUACUAGUGGGAUUAAGUGCGUGCUUAAGAGAUCAAAUAGCACUUCUGCCCUUAAAGAACCUAACAUGGGAAAUUCAAUCACAAGUGAGGGUAGCGGACCCAUUAUUUCCGAGUUCUAUAGCUCUGAUUUUGACAAGCAUAAUGAUGUGCGUGCUAUUAAGAGUGCUUCAGAUAUGGUGUUCCGUAGUGAAGGAAGCCACACUUCCAAGCUUAGGAGCCGGGUUAUAGGAGCAUACUUUGAGAAACUGGGGUCAAACUCAUUUGCGGUUUAUUCAAUUGCAGUGACAGAUGCAGAUAAAAACACUUGGUUUGUGAAAAGAAGAUAUAGGAAUUUUGAGAGAUUACAUCGUCACCUUAAGGACAUUCCUAACUAUACUUUACAUUUGCCUCCCAAGAGGAUAUUUUCCUCAAGCACAGAAGAUGCUUUUGUUCAUCAGCGCUGUAUUCAACUUGACAAAUAUCUCCAAGAUCUCCUGUCAAUAGCUAAUGUAGCUGAACAACAUGAAGUGUGGGACUUCUUGAGUGUUUCAUCAAAGAAUUACUCUUUCGGAAAAUCUUCCUCAGUAAUGCGAAGCCUGGCAGUAAGUGUGGAUGAUGCUGUGGAUGAUAUCGUGCGCCAGUUCAAAGGGGUUUCCGAUGGCUUAAUGCGGAAAGUCGCUGGUUCAUCUUCCUCUCUUCAUGAAGCCUCUCCUGAAACUUCGGGCAGGAACUUAUCCUGGAAUGCUGACGAGAUUAGCAGACAUCUGUCGUGGCAAACUACCACGGAAUCAGCAAAAAGCAUUUCUGAUGAGGAAGGUGAUAAAGAUGGAACUCGUGGACAUGAGGAAGUAGGAUCUAGUGUGCAAGCUAAUGGGUGGCAUUCAGACAAUGAAUUGAAUUCAAAGAGUUUCCCACCUAGGGUGGUUAAACGUGGUGACGAAUUUAGAAGCUUAAAUUCCGAGAAGAAACAUGGUUUAGAGACAGAACCUCUAUCACUCAGCCUGGGAGGAUAUCCUCCGGCAGGUUUCCCAGUCACCUCUGAUCACCUGGAUUAUUCGGCUGUAGUGCUACCAGAGUGGACUCCACCAAACUUAAGCAUACCAGUGUUGAAUUUAGUUGAUAAUAUAUUUCAACUUAAGAGAAGAGGCUGGCUAAGAAGACAAGUUUUCUGGAUAUCAAAACAAAUCUUGCAGUUAAUGAUGGAAGACGCAAUUGAUGACUGGCUCCUGAGGCAAAUCCAGUGGCUUCGAAGAGAUGAUGUUAUUGCUCUAGGGAUUCGAUGGGUCCAAGAUGUUCUGUGGCCUGAUGGCACAUUCUUUCUGCGACUAAGAACUCAAAGUGAAAAUGAUGCUCCUCAACCUAAUCAAAGAUCUUUCCAAACUACAAAUCGCAGCAGUAACGUCUCUAAACCAGGGUCGUUUGAGCAACGGCUUGAGGCUGCUCGUAGAGCUAGUGAUGUCAAGAAAAUGAUCUUCAAUGGAGCUCCAACUACGCUAGUCAGCUUGAUUGGGCAUAAGCAAUACAGACGUUGCGCGAAAGAUAUAUAUUUCUUCCUUCAGUCUACAGUCUGUUUGAAGCAGCUUGCUUAUGGAAUACUUGAACUGGUACUCAUCUCAGUUUUUCCUGAGCUGCGGGAUGUUGUGCUGGACAUUCAUGAAAAGAUGCGUGCUCAACCUGUAUAGUAAAUUCAAGUUCCACUCUCUCCAGUUUUUAUCAUUUCGUAUAGUAAAUUCGAGUUCCACUCUCUUCCCAUUUUUUAUCAUUUCGAUUCAGAAUGUAUAGUUAGUUUCACUGCAAGUUCGAAAGUAAGGAAUUUGGUCGAUUCACAUAGUGCGAUGGGGCUUUUUCCUCGGUGGCACGGAUAUGGGUUAUUCUGGUAUUAUGUAGGGUCAGUUCUGGGAUAGGGGAGAUAAUUUCUGUCCCUCUAAUUCUUUUUGUACAUAGAGAUUGUAUAGGAGUCCUUUGGUGGAAUCAUAUUGUAUGUACUUGAGUAACACCCCUUCCUGGAAAUUUUGUAUUGAUUUCUCAUUUGCCUUCUAUCGUUAGUUUUAUGUUUUAGGAUUAAAUUUCACUGACACCCCCAGAGGUUUGUCUUAAUAACAGAUACUGUCCUCUUGUACGAGAAA